CGUAGUUAGUAAAAGUUUAGUUGGUGUGUGUUAGUUGAGGCACAGCAACAUCACAGAGGAGGCUUGGACCAACACAAAGAUACCAAAGGCUGCUGUAUCCGAGGACCAACCAUGGGGAGUGAGCCUGGCCCAGUGCAGAUAGUCAAGGUGUGUAAGGAGAGCCACUCCUUCGAGCUGGACACCGAGGCCCUGGAGAAGAUCCUGCUGGCCCCGGAGGUCCGAGACAAGCAUGUGGUGGUGCUGUCGGUCGCCGGGGCGUUCCGCAAGGGCAAGAGCUUCCUCCUGGACUUCAUGCUCCGCUACAUGCACAGGAGGGAUGAAGCUGAUUGGCUGGGAAAGGACGACGAGCCUCUGACGGGGUUCUCGUGGCGAGGCGGCUCUGAGCCGGAGACCACGGGCAUCCAGGUGUGGAGCGACGUCUUCCUGGUGGACAAGAGCGACGGCUCACAGGUUGCUGUGCUACUGAUGGACACCCAGGGUGCCUUCGAUAACCAGUCCACAGUCAAGGACUGCGCCACAAUCUUCGCCCUCAGCACAAUGACCAGCUCCAUGCAGAUCUACAAUCUCUCACAGAACAUCCAGGAGGAUGACCUUCAACAGCUCCAGCUGUUCACAGAGUACGGCCGUCUUGCGAUGGACGAAAUUUUCCUGAAGCCCUUUCAGUCACUCAUGUUCCUGAUCAGGGAUUGGAGUUUUCCAUAUGAGUAUCAGUACGGAGACGAAGGAGGCAAAAGGUUCCUGGACAAACGGCUACAGGUGAAGGACUCCCAGCAUGAGGAGCUCCAGACGGUGAGGGAGCACAUCCACUCCUGCUUCUCCUCCAUCUCCUGCUUCCUGCUGCCCCACCCCGGCCUCAAGGUGGCCACCAGCCCCUCCUUCAAGGGCCAGCUCAGUGACGUGGCUCCAGAGUUCAAAGACGAGCUGUGUAAGCUGAUCCCCACACUGCUGAAGCCCGACGCCCUGGCCGAGAAGGAGAUCAACGGCAACAAGGUCACCUGCCGAGGCCUGCUGGAGUUCUUCAAGGCGUACAUCAAGAUCUACCAAGGCGAAGACCUACCACACCCAAAGUCUAUGCUGAUGGCUACAGCAGAGGCCAACAACCUUGCAGCCGUGGCUGCUGCCAAAGACCAGUAUUACAAGAGCAUGGAGAAGGUGUGUGGAGGGGACCUGCCCUACGUCGCCCCCGCCUCCCUGGAGGAGAAGCACAAGUUCCACAUGGGGGAGGCGCUGCGCACCUUCACCUCCACCAAGAAGAUGGGCGGCCAGGAGUUCUGCGACCGCUACCAGAACCAGCUGCAGGCCGAGAUAGAGCACCUCUGGGACAACCUCAGCAAACACAAUGAGUCAAAGAACGUCUUCAGUGCAUUCCGAACGCCGGCGGUGCUUUUUGUCCUGGUGUGCCUCCUGUACGUGCUGUCGGGCAUCCUGCUCUUCAUCGGCCUGGCCUCAGUCUCGUUCGCUUGCGACUGCGCCCUGGGCGUCUCCAUGCUGGCCAUGCUCACCUGGGCCUUCAUCCGCUACUCGGGGCAGUACCACGGGGUGGGCACCGCCAUCGACCAGGCCGCAGGGGUGCUACUGGAACAGGGUACCGUUCUGCUGAACAAGUCUCGAGCUUCACCAGCCCUGAUGGAGAAGAAAUCCAGCUAGAAGCAGCAGCAGCAACAGCAGCCCAGCCGCCCCUGUCUUGACAUCACUAAGUAUAUACAGGGGUUGUACAAAAUAAUGGAAACACCUGUCAUUUUAGAGUGGGAAGUUUCAUGGCUCAUGAAUUUUGUAAUGCACACCACAUUAUUGGUGUCAUAUCAAAGUUCAAAAAGGAGAAAUUCUUGGUGCGCGUGCAACUGUUGCAUCUUUGACCUAGACAGCAAGUCUUUGUGAUGUAUCAAGAGCCACAGUAUCCAAGGUAAUGUCUGCAUACCACCAAGAAGGAUGAAGGUCAUCCAAUAGGAUUAACUGUGGACGCAAGAGGUAGCUUCCGACGCUAAAAUGACAGGUGUUUCCAUUAUUUUGCCCAGCCCCUGUGUAUAUUAUAUAUAUAUAUAUAUAUAAAUGUCUAUCAGAGAGUCCCAAGCCAGGAGGGGACCCUCGCACAUGCGCUCUUUUGUACAAACAAAGAAGAAAAAACAAGAAACAAUGUCAAACACUACAUUCAAAGCACAUCAAACUUGUAUCUACCAAAAAGAAAAGAAAACACACACAAGCAAACAAAAAACAUUGAUAUCCCAGACGUAUGGCAUCACCAGCCUCUGCAUCUGACAUCUUCAGAUGAUCCUGUGGUAUUUUUGCUGGUGUAAUGAUUUACACAAACACAAACAACAUUUGAAGCUGUCUACAUACCAUCACUGCCAAUAACCAGCUUAUUAUUAAGUGUACGAUCCAAGUCUGAUGACUUAAAAACAAACAAAAAAGGAGCUGUAACAUCAUCCUUUUUGCACUUUUUCCUCAGAUUUGGUUAAAAAAAAAAAAAAAGUUGCUUUCUUUUGCCCCACUCCCACCCCCUCAGCUAUGAUCCUGAGAAAUGUUGUUGGAAGUCAUUACAGAACACUGUGAUGGUUGUAUAUGUAUAUUGCUGACAUGUUGAAACGUAACUGAACACUGUUCUGCUGCCUAUUGUUGAAGCUUUGCUAUUCAUUGUAACGGAUACCAAUUGUGCAUUCCUGCUUUCUCUCUUCUCUUCACUGUCAUCAUUCCCAUUCACAUUCCCUGCACGCCUGCUUCACAUCAGCGAUAUCUUAAUUGUUUCAGAGUAGUAUUACGAUUCCGAAUUCCCAUUCCUAAUUGCGGAAUUGUAUUCCGAAUUCUGUCUUGCUCUGUAUUUAUUUCUGUCUGACCAGCCAGCACUUUUUUUCUUUCUUUCUUUUUCCACUUUUUCCUCUUUUUCCUCACAUUCCUCACGUCACCCCCCUCCACCUCAUAUGACCAUUUCUGUCUGAUGUGAUUGCUUGUCAGAGGGCAGGAAAAAAAGUCACGUCACGUAUACAUUCCCUCUCUUGAACCCAGCACGGUAGAGCUGAGAGCUGUUUACAGUAAUAAUAAUAAUAAUAAUGAUGACGAUGAUGUAAUGUCUUAGAGAUUAGGUGGUUCUCCCUCUCUCUUAGUCACUCUGCCACACAUGCAGUAAUGGGCUUGAGUCUCCAAAGAUUUAUUUUAUUUUUUUCAUUUUCAUAUCCAUGUUCUGUGUCCUGUACAGAAAGAAAGCAGCAAAUCAACUUGACAUCGUUUUUUCUGUAUUUUUUUUUCAUUCAUUUCUUACAUUUCUUCUGUUUCUCUUUAUUUUUUAUUUCCAUUUAAAAGCGCAUUCCCCCUAUUCCUUUGUCCAUCAGGUGUGUUGUGUGAGUGGGUGUCCCUUGUUUAGUUGGUUGAUUUGAGGUUUGCUCUGUUGUCUCUCCCAUGCUUUAAGGAAACGGUUUAAGGAGUCUACCAAAUACAUAAAGGGACACCCUGGAUCCCUCUCUCACACAUACACACACACACACACCGGCGGCCCAUCUAAGCACUUAUCCGCUGACGUUCCCUUGCCCAUAAAAUCAGUCCCGUUUGAUAUUUUCCCCCACUCGUCACAUUCCGUGUCAGACUGUUCCUCGACAAAGAGGAGUAGUCUUUGUGUGAGGGCAGGUGUUCUAGAAUGAUCUUGCCCUCAUUUCCAAUUGUGCUGUUACAUAUUUUUUAUUCAUUCUGGACUUUAAAAAAUGUAUGCAUGGAAUUCAUCCUCUCUUCGUCAGCUUUUAAAGCUGUUGGUAUAAGUCAUAUUUUUUGAACAGAUUUAAGCGACAAUAACCAAAUAAAGAGUAUUUUAUGCAUUAUUGUAA